GAACAGCCAGGAUACACCGGAGCGUUACCGGCUGCCAGCUGGGGACACUUUUCGGUUUCUGUGUUUGUUGUUUUCCCGCCUCGCGUGAAGCCGUUUGGAUGAAAUAGUGUUGGAGAGUGCACGAUGCUGAGCGCCGUUAAAAUGGAGGGACACGAGCACCCGGACUGGCGCAGCAGCAGCUACUACGGAGAGACCGAGUGUUAUGCAGCGGGAAACAUGAACUCUGGUCUGUCUAUGAACUCAAUGAGCAGCUACAUGAGCGCGCCUGGCAUGACCGGCAGCGGCCACAUGAACGCGCAUUACGUGAACCCGGUAGGGGUCACUCACUCCUCGAUGCCCGUCGGGGUGCCACAGAGCACCGGUUCAAUGGUGCCGGCAGGAGGCGGGAUAACGGGCCUGAGCAGCGCGCUGCCGCCGAGCAUGAGCUCCAUCAGCCCGCCGCCGUACGGCAACAUGCCGGUGAUGAGCCCGGUGUACGGUCAGGCCUGCGGUAUCAGAUCCAGGGAGCCCAAACCGUACCGGCGGAGCUACACGCACGCAAAGCCGCCGUACUCGUACAUCUCCCUGAUCACCAUGGCCAUCCAGCAGUCCAGUAAUAAGAUGCUCACCCUAAACGAGAUCUACCAGUGGAUCACCGAUCUGUUCCCGUUUUACCGGCAGAACCAGCAGCGGUGGCAGAACUCCAUCCGACACUCGCUCUCCUUUAACGACUGCUUCAUCAAGGUGCCCCGCUUACCGGACAAACCGGGGAAAGGUUCCUUCUGGGCCCUCCACCCGGACUCUGGGAACAUGUUUGAGAACGGGUGCUACCUCCGGCGGCAGAAGCGCUUCAAGUGCGGGAAACAGGCCGGUGCAGGCGACACGGAGGCGGCGGGCAAGUCGGAGGGCGGCUCGAUAACCACCAGCAGCACCGGCUCCGACUCCCCGCACUCCUCCUCCUCCUCCCCUCCCUCCUCAGAUGUAAAGGCAGCCGGUGUGGACCUAAAAGCUCACCGGGGUGAACUGUUGCCCUCCAGCCCCGUGCGCGUGCCCUCCCCGCUCGGGCACACCCAGCACCUGUUCUCCCAUCACCACCCUCUGCUGCUGCACGAGACUGCACACCUGAAGCCAGAUCACUACCACCACCCUCACCACCACCACCACCACCACCACUACCCCUUCAACCACCCGUUCUCCAUCAACAACCUCAUGUCCGAGCCGCAGCACCACAAGCUGGAGCAGGUGUACGGAGGCUACGGCUGCCCGGUGUCCGGGGCGCUGGUUGCAGCCAAAACCGGCCUGGAACCCGCCCACACCGACACCAACUACUACCGCAGCGUGUACAGCAGACCUAUAAUGAACUCCUGA